AUGGAUGAAGGAGGUUUAGCUGGAUUGAAAGCAGGCAGUUUCAGUGGCAUAUUUCUUGGAGUUUGUUUGAACAAUCGUGAGAGCAUGGACUUCACUACAAAUAAUUCCUCAGCCAGCCAUAAAGCUUUAGCAGCCUUGCUAAUAAAUGGACAUCAAGAAAACAAAUAUGAUGUUUAUAAAAGUUGCUUCAAUGAAUAUUCCUCCAAAACACUGGAACCACUUAGAAUUUUCAACAGAAGGUUGUCAAAUAUAAACAAUUUUCCAUAUGGUUUAGUAAACAGCAAAAAUAGCAGGCACUCAACUUUCAACAACAUACCCUGGUAUGGACUUUGUCAAAACACGGCACAGUCUCUUGACAUGUUGAGGCAAGUUAUUCAAAGUUCUAUAAACGAUGAGAUCAGUAAAAUUAUUAAAAAAUAUCUAAAUCUAAACUUGCUGAUUCUUUUAAUAUGCUUCAAAGAUGUUGUAUGUCAACCAUAA